AUGAAUAUUAAACACACGCUGCCCCACUAAUGCAUAAUUAGGGAUGUUAUUCUUUGUGUCAUACGUUGGCGAUUUAACAACAAAACUAAUUCUGAUAAAACCUGUUGUGUUAUAUAAUACACCAGAUACACAGGAGAUUUCGCACCUAGGAUCUGCUCUGGGGAAAUCUACAAGCAAACAGUCGAGUUGUAUUUGCAGGCUGACCAUAUCGCCAUUGCGUCUUUGACGAUGAGGAGGCUGCAGUGUAAUCCUGUGUGCUACAUCGCUGUUCCUACGAUGUGCCGCAGUUCCCUAUCAGUAACAUACUAAACUAUGACGGACACUAAUUCUGACACGAGCUCACUACCUGAAGCACGCGAUGCUAAAGACAACAUGCUGUAUGAACUUCCGGUCGACCGAGGAUGGGCUUGGGUCAUUCUAGUUGCCAGUACCCUCAUCACCACGCUAUACGCUGGGAUUUUCAAGAGUUUUGGACUAUUCUACGUAGAAAUCUUGGAUGUCUACAGCAGCAAUGUAUCUACUACAUCAUUAAUAUCAUCUCUACAGUUCGCCGUCUACUGUGUCACAACUGUUCCAGUCAUGACGUCAUUGACACGGCGUUCCAGUAUCCGUUGCUGUCAGCUGGCUGGUAUCCUGAUAACGGCUAUUGGAUUUGGACUGAGCUCAUUGGUCCACAGCCUGGACCUGCUCAUUCUUACCCAGAGUAUUCUUAGUGGACUAGGCAUGGCUCUGGUUUACCCCACGGCUAUCGUCUUAAUCGGAAAGUACUUUCGAGGGCGUCUUGGAUUAGCAAACGGUGUCUUGAUGUCUGGUUAUGCUUUAGGGGGCGUCACCCUGCCUCCUCUAUUGCGGUAUAUUUUGGAUGAGUAUAGAUUAGAGGGUGCCCUGUUGUUGACAGCGGGGAUUAUAAUCAAUUGUCUUCCCCCAGCCUGCUUGCUGCGACCAUUUGAGUUUUACACAGAACGAAACUCGGGAUCAACGAACAAACUGGAAGGAAAUCAUGUAAAGAUUGAUAGUAAACAUGAGAACAUGUUGACGAACAGUUGUGCAUUUAAAGAUUGUCGAAACAAGGACCAAUCGUCGGCACUGUUGUCUGGUUAUAAUCCAGACACCACCCUUGCGAGUGCGUCGGCUCCAAAUCUUUCCUCAUCUAGACACGUAACCAAUGGAGUAGUCACUUCCGGUAAAAAUGGAAGCGAUAGUCAAAUCGAUAGUAUUCUUACAAAAGGCAAUGCAGAGUAUUUAGAACCAUGCAUUUUUGGAUAUCUAAGUACAGGAGAGUUUACAAAUCUAUCACAGGAAACUGUAAGAAAGAUGUCAAAAGACAAUGAUUCUUCAAAAUCAGUUCAUGAUUCGUCUCUGAUUAAACGUUUGUUUAAUAAAUGUAAAUCUUGGCAAAUGUGCAGCCCGAUUUUAUGGAGAAAUAAGCUUUUCCUUUUGCUUAUUCCAAUAUAUUGUUUCGCAAGUGUUGGAUCAGAAACAUGUCAUCUCUUUUCACCAUCUUUUGCUAAGGACAGGGGAAUAUCGAGCUCCAAGAUCGCGACACUGGUAUCCAUACAGAGUAUGUGUGACUUUGUUGGACGUGUCUUAAGUGGCUAUAUUGCAGAUCUACCCCGGAUUAAACGACAACAGAUAGUAAUGAUUUCGCAAGUGAUAGCAGGUCUAAUAAUGCAGCUGACGCCAUUGUUCCAUACCUUCUGGUCUCUUGUUCUUUUCUCAGCUGGCUACGGUCUUACGGCGGGUAUCAUAUUUGCAUUGUUUCCACCUAUCCUCUCUUCUUCCGUUGGUCAAGACAUGUUCCCAACAAGCGUGGCAGUAAUGAUUCUGAUAAAAGGAUCCUUUGUGGGUGGACUGAUUCCUUUUCUUGGUUAUCUCCGAGACAGUACAAACGAAUUCCACGCGACCUUCCACUUCAUGGGAGCAACAUCAUUGAUAGCGUCCUUGUUAUUGCUACUAUUUGAUAGAAUUGCUGUAAAGCAUCACGAGGGCGCCAUUUCAGUUGAAAUAAGUGGAGAUUAAUAGUUUAUAUUUUAUUUGUCAAUUUACAUUGUCAUUAUUUUUUUAUAAAUUCAUAAAAGUGAAAUUUAAGUUCAUAGUCUUGUUGGUCUACAGUGCAGCAAGUUCUAGUUGAAAUUUUAUAAGGGAGCUAACUCCCAUUCAAAACGAAUAAGCAUAACUAAGUUGGCACGCUCCAGACUGUUCAUUUAUCCGAUGAUGGUGACCGUUAAGUCAAAGAAACAUCACACUCAAAUCUUCUACUGGUUGUGUUAUAAGAACUUCUAUUCUAUAAUAAUGCCCUUUUGUUUAAUUUUCACUAAUGUAUAACUGCUGGCAAGUUUGUUUCUGAUGCAUUUUAUUUAUUUCGAGAUAUUCAGUGUUAUGUUGGAAAUACUGUCGUGUUUAGUUAACAUAUUAUUACACGAAACAUUAUCUUAAAUUCUGUGUUUGUCAGUGUUUGUGUGAUCAGUGAUGGUACACAUCAUUUCAUACUCAUGAGAAAUUAAACUCUUUCAAUAAA